AAUGCAAUAUUCCGCAUGGACCUGGAUGGGCUGGACCAGAAGCGGGUGGUGGCCAGGGCUGGAACGUUGGUGCACCUGGACUUCCACCUGCCUUCCAGAAUGGUGUACUGGGCCAAUGGACACACUGGCGUCAUCAGCAGAGCUGCCAUGGACGGGACAAAGAGACAGAAGCUUCUUGUUGCAGAGAAAGGCAUAUCAGGCUUGGUGGUGGACUGGAUUCACCAUGUUCUCCUAUGGACCAAUCAGGAGACUGGGACCAUUCACAAGGCCAACCUAAAUGGCAAAGACGAGAUGACCCUUCUAAGACAGCUGUCCCUGCCCAGCAGUAUAGUCACAGACCCAAAUGAGCGGUUUAUAUUUUGGCUGUCAGAUGGAGUGACCCCGAGCAUCCAGCGCACAGACGCUAACGGGGAGACGGGUACGACGGUUCUGAAGAUCCCGGACCGGCUGGAGACGCUGAGCAUAGAUUACUCGGACCGAAGGCUGUUCUGGGUCCAGCAGAGUUCAGACCACAGGGCCAUCGGGUCAUGUGACUACAACGGAAACGUGAUUAAUGUCUUCAACCAGGCCUUACAAUCAAAGACUCUCAGGAUGUCUGUGUUCCUGGACUAUGUGUACAUCACAGAAUCAACGUCACAAAAUAUCAUAAGACUGGACAAGUACACAGGGGGCGCUCCAGAGACCGUUAACUCCAAACAUCUGUUGCACCCCCCCGGAGCAAUCCGAGUGGUACAUCCCCUGCAGCAACCCGUGGUGGAGAAAGUGGUAUAUCCCGCUCCAGGGUGUGAUGAGCGGUCGGGGAGCUGUGUGAGGGUGUGCUCUGGCCACGGGCACACAGGGCAGUGCCAGUGCAGAGAUGGCUUCGCCCUCAGUAAGCAUGGCAACAUCUGCGAAGAUAUAAACGAGUGCGCCCUCUGGAACCACGGAUGCUCCCUCGGCUGUGAGAACGUUCCAGGCUCCUACUUUUGCACCUGUCCCCAUGGUUACCUCCUGCUACCCGACCUGAAGACCUGUCACGAGCGGAAGCCGUGUGUGGCAAACGCCACGCUGUGUGAGUACGACUGUGUACACACAGAGAAGGGAGAUGUGUGUGUAUGCCCAGAGGGAUCUCUCCUGCAGCCCGAUGGACACUCCUGUUCAGGAUGCACUGCUGCUGACAGAGGUGGGUGUAGUCAGGUGUGUGUGCCUCUCGGAGCAGGUCGCUGGGAGUGUGAGUGCGCACCUGGAUACAAACUGCAGCCAGACGGGAGGCGCUGCAUUGCCACAGGUCCUCCUCCUUACCUGCUCUUUGCUAACCUGGUGGACAUCCAACGCCUGAAGACAGAUGGAACCGAGACUGGGAAGGUCGUAGAAGAACCCGGAGGAACCAUCAUUGCCCUGGACUAUGACCCUGUAGAGAGAAAGGUGUAUUUCUCCAGCAUGGCCCAGGGUCACCUGGAGAGGGCAGAUCUGACGGGCGGAGCCCGAGAGGUAGUGGUGUCCUCUGGGGUGGACUCGGCCGAGGGCCUGGCCGUCGACUGGAUCAACCGCAAGCUCUACUGGACCGACAGAGGGGGUCCCAGCAUCUCCCGCUGCGGCCUGAACGGACAGCACAGAGAGGUGAUCGUAGACACGGACAUCCACAAGCCCCGCGGCAUCGCCAUACACCCCCAGGCCCAGAAGCUGUUCUGGACAGACUUGGGCGGCCGUCCCUCUGUGGUGGGCUCAAGGCUGGACGGCGGCGGCCGCGUGCUGAUCGCUCGAGAGGGUCUACUGACCCCUAGUGGCCUGGCACUGGACCGGCAUGCCGAGCGGCUAUACUGGUGCGACCUGCAGAGAGGAGCCGUGGAGUCAGCUGACCUGGACGGGACCAACCGACACACACUGACCCAGACGCAAGUAGGUCACCCCUUCAGCCUGGCUGUGUUCGAGGACUCCGUCUGGGUGUCAGACUGGCAGGGGAACCAGCUCCUCCAGCUACCCAAGACUCCGGGGGCACACACACCUCAACGCCUCGAUGCCAACAUCGUCCGCCCGGCAGGGCUGGUCAUCAUACACCCCUUGGCCAAGCCUGGGGCGGAUAUGUGUCUACACCAGAAUGGGGGAUGCACCCAGUUGUGUGAGAGCAGGCUUGGAUUGGCUCACUGCUCUUGUCACUCACAGUAUAUCCGAUCAGCUGAUGGCAAGGGCUGUGUGCCAGCUGGCGAAUCCACCACAAGGACUGAGUCUGGAGAUGGAGAGUCCAGUGCUCAGUCCCAGAGGAAGGCUCUGAAUGAUGAAGGCUUUCCUCUCCCUGAACCACACCUGCCAGAGCCCACACUCAUCACUGAGAAGAUGGUGUCAGACCAGGAUGACUGCUUCUCUCUGCGCUGUGAUGUCAAUGCUCAGUGUGUUCCUGACGAGGGGAACGUGGCCUGCCGCUGUCUGCCUGGCUUCACUGGAAACGGACUGCUCUGUGUGGACAUCGAUGAGUGCGCUGCGGGACUGGCCGAGUGUGUGAGUCCUCUCUCUGAGUGUGUGAACACAGUAGGUGGUCACUUCUGCAGAUGCAGCGCUGGCUUCAGUGGGGAUGGACACCACUGCACAGAUAUUGAUGAGUGUAGACUGGAGUUGCAUGGUUGCCAUGAGCAUGCAGAAUGUGGGAACACCAUAGGGAAGUACACUUGCAUCUGCAGAACAGGAUACACUGGCACAGGAUUCACAUGCACAGAGCUGAAGGGCUCCCCCUCUUGGUUGACCACAGUAAGCCCGGUUACCGUGACGACAGCUGGCACGAAGGAGUUCUGUCCGGCUUCUCAUGCGUCCUACUGCAUGUAUGAGGGAGUGUGCUUCUACCUGCCUGAGAUGGAGUCCUACGCCUGCAACUGUGUGUCCGGCUUCAUGGGCGAGCGGUGCCAGUUCAGUGACCUGGAGUGGUGGGAGCAUCAGCAGGCGGAGCAGGAGAAGAGGAGGAACGCCGCCAUCGCUGUCUGUCUUGUGUUGCUCAUCGCCCUAUUGGCCGCCGCCGCCAUCCUCACAUACUACUACGGGUCCAGGAGACUGAAGAGGAGAGAGCAUCCAUCAGUGGACAAUAUGAGUGAGAGCAGCACCAGUGAAGACAGCAUCACAGAGACCAUCACAGCAGGAACCCCACGGUUUUAUGUGGUGUUGGAGCAUGGAGCAUGUGUAGAGGGGAAGAUCCAUGUUGUGGGGUGCCAGAGAAGACAAGUGUGUCCGUCCUGCUCCUCUGAGACAGGUGACAGCAUGGUGUCAGACGAGCCUGGUGUUGGGGUGUCCCCGUCAGAGCAGCGGAGGUUUGGGGCAGGCUGCGCCCCGUCUCCAGGGGUCACCAGCAGGUCAGGGGUCACCAGGAGUCCCCCCGAUAACCUCAUCCUGCUGGACGAGCCGAGACCGCCCAGCCCCCCCAGCCCCCCCAGCCCCUGCCUUCUGUGA